AUGGCACCUGAAGUUGGCAAGAAAGUGCCCACCACCGAUGAUGCAGGAGUCUCGAUCCUGAGGGUUCUGGGAAGUUCUGGAUUGCUGAGCAGCCACGGGCUCCAGGUGCAGCAGCAGCACAGGAAUCUCGCACUCCACGAGUACAUGAGCAUGGAGCUGCUGCAGGAGGCUGGCGUCUCGGUUCCCAAAGGACACGUAGCAAAAUCGCCAGAUGAAGCUUUUGCAAUUGCGAAAAAAUUAGGUUCAAAGGAUGUUGUGAUUAAGGCACAGGUUUUAGCUGGUGGGAGAGGAAAAGGAACAUUUGAGAGUGGCCUCAAAGGAGGAGUGAAGAUUGUUUUCUCUCCAGAAGAAGCAAAAGCUGUUUCAUCCCAAAUGAUUGGGAAAAAGUUGUUUACCAAGCAAACUGGGAAAACGGGCAGAAUGUGCAAUCAAGUGCUGGUCUGCGAGAGACGAUAUCCCAGGAGAGAGUGCUAUUUUGCAAUCACCAUGGAACGGUCAUUUCAAGGUCCUGUCUUGAUAGGCAGUUCUCAAGGGGGGGUCAACAUUGAAGACGUUGCUGCGGAGUCUCCGGAGGCCAUCAUUACAGAACCAAUUGAUAUUGUCGAAGGCAUCAAGAAGGAGCAAGCUCUCAGGGUUGCACAGAAGAUGGGAUUUCCACCUAAUAUUUUGGAUUCUGCAGCAGAGAACAUGGUCAAGCUUUAUACCCUUUUCCUGAAAUAUGAUGCAACCAUGGUAGAGAUCAAUCCCAUAGUAGAAGACUCAGAUGGAGCUGUGGUGUGUAUGGAUGCAAAGAUUAAUUUUGAUAGUAAUUCAGCCUUUCGCCAGAAGAAAAUCUUUGCCCUGCAGGACUGGACCCAGGAAGAUGCAAGGGACAAAGCCGCGAGUGAAGCCAAUCUCAACUACAUUGGCCUGGACGGGACCAUCGGCUGUCUGGUGAAUGGUGCUGGCUUGGCCAUGGCCACGAUGGACAUAAUAAAACUCCACGGAGGGACUCCAGCCAACUUCCUUGAUGUUGGCGGUGGUGCCACAGUCCACCAAGUGACAGAAGCCUUUAAGCUUAUUACUUCAGAUAAAAAGGUGCAGGCUAUCCUGGUCAACAUUUUUGGAGGAAUCAUGCGGUGUGAUGUCAUUGCACAGGGUAUAGUUAUGGCAGUCAAGGAUCUGGAGAUUAAAAUCCCCAUUGUCGUACGGUUACAAGGAACACGGGUUGAUGAUGCUAAGGCGCUAAUAACAGACAGCGGACUGAAAAUUCUUGCUUGUGAUGAUUUGGAUGAAGCUGCUAAAAUGGUUGUAAAACUCUCUGAAAUAGUGACCUUAGCCAAGCAAGCCCAGGUGGAUGUGAAGUUUCAGCUGCCCAUCUGAACGGACAACCCAGUGGAUGGUGGAAGGUGUUAAAUGUGCUACAAACAUUGAAAAUACUGUGUCUGUAUUAUUAUUCCUUUUCUUUUAAGUGUGUGGAGGUUGUAAUUGCCAUGUAGGGAAACAGACUUCUACAAAGCGUUUUGUCUGCAUUGAAUUCUACUGUUGAGGGUGAGCUGUUUGUGUAAAGAGUUUAUAGAAUGCAGGCAGUCCCUUUCUGCUUCUAUGGAAUGUCACUUGUGAUAUGCCUGUGUAUGAAGAUUGGCUACAGAGUUUUUCAUGGAUAAGUUUCCUAUGAAUAAAGUAAAUAUGAAGGUAAAGCUUUAUUCUGUAGGCGUAGAAGUAUAUUAUAUCUAAUAACUAGCCUCCUUGCUGGAGUACUGUAUUAAAACAAUGUUUUAUAUAAGAAGUGGUUAUGGGAAACACCAAAUACAAGCUCAUUAUAUCAAUCACUAUUUAUAAACAGCUUUCAAACACUCCCCAGAGUAGCCUUUUAAGUAUUUCAGUGAGGUAGCUAUUUAAUUAUUUGUACAUUGUUUUAAUCACUAUGAAACAUUGAUAGCUACAAGUCUUCAUGAUUCUGCUGUAUUAUUAAGAAGUACCCAUAGGUCUGUAUCAAAUAAAGGCAUAUUUACUAAGGACAGAGACAAAAUUAAGACUGUCAAUUUAAGUUAAUAAAAAUCUCUAAAAUGUGA